AUGAAACUGCAGAUCCCACUCUUCGUCCUCUUUGCAACUGUUGCACAAGCCCAGUGGAAGGGUUGUUCCAAUCCCUGGCCCAACAUAACCCCCGGCACACAAUAUACCCUCAAGGAUAAAUGUCGCAACUUAGCAGGUUAUCCAAAGAAAUUUCAAGAUAUAGAAGUCACCGUGACGUAUACACAGCAAUGGAGCCGUCUAGCCAGCAAGACCAAAACAGCUGUAAACCCAAUCCUCAAAGAAUCUAUCGAGAAAAGCAUGGAAGCCUCCCGCAAAUUUGCAAAGCUUCCAUCGAGAAUUGUAGUCAUUUUGACAACAGAAAGCACCGAAGACUUCACAGCAGAGACUUACUAUCCUAAUCUUAGGAAGCCGCCGUGUCAGAUCAAGUUGCUCAAGAGAUGGACCACCGAAGCAACAACUAAUAAACCUCGGGUACUACAGGCUCUUGCACACGAGAUAUAUCAUUGCAUACAGAGUCUCGGGAAAAUUGGGAACCAUCCUGAUCCGCAAUGGGUUCGUGAGGGCUCUGCAAACUAUUUCAGUAACCUCGUCUUUCCUGACUCCAAUGCCGAAUGGCCUGAUAAGAAGCAUAGCGGCGUCGCGUAUAAGCCGAAUCUGCUAAUCUAUGCACAUGUUAGUUUAGAAGCCUACGCGACCAGCAUUCUUUUUCAAGCGCAAGACGAAAUGAAUGAGGAUGAGUUGAACAAAUUUGUUCUGGCAACGCCUGGAGGAUCAAGCGGGGUCCAAGAACGAACUCGACUUUCACAUCUAUCAGGAUUUACGGACGAGCUUUUCAUUUUCGCAAAAGGUUUCGCACUACAGCAGAUCAAAAAUACCAACGGAGAUCUCAUUCCGAUCGAUAAAAUCAACCCCGUUUCUGCCUCAAUCAAGUUUGACAAAGCGGGCACUACCGGCACCGCAACGCUCACAAACACGCCGUUCACUAUUUCGGUCUUCAAAAUAGCUAUCGACCCCGGGAGGACAGCAAAGCUUUACUCAUCGGCGGACGAUAACCAGAAGCUUGCUUACCGAAAGUCAGACGCCAAAUCGUGGACCGACAUGGCCACCGAUUCCUCUUCUGGACGCACUAUUGAUCUUGCAUGCGAUGGGAAAAACACUAAACAGACAUACAUGGUUUUAUUCAUCUCAACGAAGGAUGUGAGGAGUGAUAAAGUUAAAAUCACGGUUGCGACGGCGGAGGAUACUGUCCGAAGGGAACGCAUUCUUCCAGGAUAG